AAAAAAUUCACUGUAAAUUGCAAAAGGGGAAGUGACUCAACAUCAUCAGAAUUUGUAAAUAUUGGUCAAUUCGCUGUAUUUUUGUUGUGAACUUGAAAAAGUCGAGAUCAUGAGUCUUCUCGGGAAGUUGUUUGGGACGGGAAAAAAUAAGGACAAGACCCCCUCUCCACAGGAGGCCAUACAGAGACUGAGAGAGAUCGAGGAAAUGUUGAUGAAAAAAUCUGAUUUCUUGGAGAAAAAGGUUGAACAGGAACUGACCACAGCUAAGAAAAAUGGUACCAAAAAUAAAAGAGUUGCACUAGCUGCUUUGAAACGUAAGAAGAGGUAUGAAAAACAACUACAGCAGAUUGAUGGGACAUUGUCGACCAUUGAGUUUCAGAGAGAGGCUCUGGAGAAUGCCAGUACAAAUACUGAAGUAUUAAAGGUCAUGGGGUCAGCUGCUAAAGCUCUCAAAGGAGCUCACAAUAAUAUGGAUGUUGACAAGGUACAUGACCUAAUGGAUGAAGUCGCAGAACAACAAGAAAUAGCCCAGGAGAUUUCAGAUGCUAUUUCUAACCCUGUAGGAUUUGGUUCUACAGAAGACGAGGAUGACCUGCUAGCUGAACUAGAAGAAUUGGAACAAGAAGAAAUAGAUGAACAAUUGAUUGGUGUCCCUACAGCAACAGACAAACUUCCAUCUGUACCGACUGACGAGUUAUCUGUACCUUCCACCUCUAAAAGCAAGGCAAAGGCUCACGAAGAUGAUGAUGAAUUGAAGGAACUUCAGAUGUGGGCAAGUUAGACAUGCAAUGGCCAACUCGGUCUCACUGCUGUGAUGAGGUGUGUGAGUGUACUCGUGGAAAGCGAGCACAAACAAACCAGACUUUUUAUUUAACAUUACUGAGUAUUUUUAAAUCAUUUGUGACUGUAAGUACCUGGGAUGGAGGUUGUGUUAUUUCUGGGGUUGGGAGGGGCAUUAAACACUUUAUGGUGUACAUUUUGUAAACUUAUUAUGCACUGUUAUUGCUAAUUGUUUUCUCUCUUUUUUUUCCAAGUGUAUAUUCAUCAUUUUGAUUACAAUUUGUUAACAGUGUACAUGUAUAAAUAAAGCAAAUACUUUGUUGACAUAUUUGUGAAUAUAGUUCCUGCUAAUCACCUAGAUAGUGUGUAAAAUUCUUUAUCCUAUUGCUUUUAUUUAGAUCUCUACAUAUCACAGCUGUAUUGCUUUUCUUAAGUGAGAAAAAUUAACAAAUCUCAAGUUCAGUGUUAAAUAUUGCCAUUCUGAUAGCCUGUCAGAAUGGUUUAUGUAGUUAUAGGGAUUUAUAUUUGAAUUUUGUUUGUAGUUUAAUAUCAGUGACUGGAGAUGAAAUAGAAUUAUUGAUUGAUUUAGUGCUGUAUUUAUCUUGUGAUGUAAUUAUGUAAUAGUCCAUGUAAUUAUGUAAUAGUAGAUGUCCUUUCCUGUUACAUUGUAAAUAAAUACAUUAUAUAUUCACACAA